AGGACGACUCUCUCGUCCCCGAGCGGGCGCCGGUCGGUGGAAGCCUCAGCAGGUUGUUCAGGUACGACAUGGUGUGCUUCUCCGUGACCCUGUUCCUACUGGUCGCGGUGUCUUGGAGGACGAGCGGGCUGAACUUCGACUCGCCCGAGUUCGUGGCGAACAUGAUGUGGACCGAGAUAUUCUAUUCGGUCUGCAUGCUCCCGUUUAUGGUCAUGAAGAUUCCUCUGCUGUUCUCCGUGGUCACACACGGCGACCCAACCGGAUUCAACAAGCACGGCGCCUGUGUCGCGUGGGCCAUCCCGCCGAUAAGGAAGAAACAUAAGUCCACGCGCGAGAAGUUCCGAGACUGGAGGCGCGACGUGAAGCACAUCACGAGGUCGAAGAGAGCUGGAGGGGAAAAGCCACCCGAGGAAGUGGCGGGGCAGAUUGGAGACUUCACCGUGGGCCUCUGGUACGCCGCCAUGGAGGGGCACCUGGACGAGGGAGCGGAGGAGGCUCCCGUGGUGAUGGCGGCGGAGCCGCACUUGCUGCUCAAUGCCUGGGACCGUUUCUGACCCAGUGGCGGCUCCUGCUCCUUAUUCUGAGACCUGGUAGUUCGGAGGGGCGGAUGGCAAGUGUCAGGAAUGAGCCGCCAGGAAGUCCCAAGAGACCAUGAUGGUGAUGAUGCUGAGGAGGGCGGGACGAGGAAGAGGUGGUUUGACGAAGCGUGCUUCCUAGUGUGGUGUGAGCCCUGUAGAUGUCGUAGCGCGUCUCACCCACCAUCAACACUCGUUGCAAGACACCACUUGCUGCAUGUUAUUGCGGCCCUGAUGGUGUGCAACGGCUGAAGGGCGGUCUUAGCGAACUGCCCCGAUGUCCAGGCUGCGCUGUCAUUACUGUCGUGGAUGUUCCAUGACAGGGAUCACGUUGCGGGCCUGAAAGGAAUAGCAUCAUCGA